GUGUGAGAGAGAGGGAGAUAGAGACCCCACGCUGCCACGCUGUACAGCACGCCAGAGAAAGAUUCAGCACGUCCCAGCACAGAGUCUGUCUGAUACAGUGUGCCAAAAAUACCAGGAUGUUCACUACACCUGGUCUGGUUCUGCAGUCUGUAAGCCAGCAUGCUUCACUGGAUACUCUGACCAGUUCAGAUGAGGUGUUUCCAAACAACUUUUUAUGUCGGGGCUUCAGGACACUUGGAUCACUACGGACGAGCAGUAUGGAGAUAUUUUGUGGUUUCAAUGAUGUGUUUUUGGACGUUUGAAUCUGGGGCGCCGUCAGCCUCCAUUAGGUGGAGUUGUGUUGCUACCUCCUCUCCCCUUGGAUCUCUGCAAGUGAUGUGAGGACUCUAAAACUUCACCUGAGCCUCCCUCGGCAUAUGGAAAUAAGCUGCACAGGAAGAGGAAGUCCUCACCUACACAAUAAGCUUCUGUCACUCGGUGUGAUGUUCAGACAGUCGGCAGGAAGACAGCAUGGAGGUCACCGCUCUCUGCGUCACUCUGUUAAUGAGCACGUUGAUGCUUCUGCACUGUUACUGUGCUGACACAGCUGGUGGAGUGUUCCUCCGCGUUGUUCCAAACAAGCUGCAGUUCUUUGAGUACGACUCUCUCUCCUUUGAAUGUGAGGGAUCUGAAAACAUGAUGGAGUGGAGAGUGAUGAGGAGGAUGAUGGGCGUCGACACAAUAUGUGCGUCUGAGUGGAAUCAGUCAUGGGGACCCUGUUAUAUUCAACAUGCCUAUAAAGCAGACAGUGGAGAGUACUGGUGUGAGGCUGCAGACGGAGAGAGGAGCAGCUCCGUCAGCAUCAUCGUCGCUGCCGGCUCAGUGAUCCUGGAGAGUCCUGCGCUCCCUGUGCCGGAGGGAGACGCUGUGACUCUGAGCUGUAAGAACGAGACGACCUCUGGCCGUAUAGCUGACUUCUAUAAAGAUGGCGCCUUGAUACUGACGGGCUACGCAGGAAACGUGACCAUCCGCAGUGUUUCUAAGUCUGAUGAAGGACUCUACAAGUGUGACAUCACCGGUGUUGGACAAUCAGCAGAGAGCCUGCUGACUGUCACAGUCUCCCCAUCACCUGAUGACGACACACAUCCUGCCCGCCGUGCGUCCCCCAGUGUCAUCCUGCUGUGGACCAUCGUGGCCAUUUUCCUGGUGACGCUGCCUCUGCUGGUGGUGGCGCUCUCUCUGUGUGCAAACUGCAGAGGGUUGUCCUACUCUUCCCCAAAGACGCCGACGCCAAGGUCACGCUCAGGUGAAACAGACACAGUGUCCGAAGUGAUCAAUAUAAAUCAUCUACAGAUGACGAUGUGUUCUCCAAACACAGCACCAUGGAGGACCACAUGUUCUCCAAACACAGAACUCAUCACCUUCACAGAAGAAGCUGCAGCAUCCAGCUUCACAGAGACUGCAGACAUCCACCCUCCCUCAGCUGAUACAGACCAGUGCACGACUGAUGAAAACAGCUUCUACUACACCAUCGACUAGGCGAGAACCACAGUGACACUGCUCCCUAUGUGCAGCUUGCAGAAAUGUAAAAUGCAGAAGGCUAAAUUAAACCCACAGUAAUAACUUUAGCAUGAAUCCAGAAAGAUUUUAAGUUGCAUCCUGUUUCUAACCUUUCUUAUUAAUGAAUGACUGGUGUGUGUCCUCCAGGUCACUGACAGCAGAGACGUCUGGCUGAAGAGAGACGUGUAAUAUUACGACUGACAUGUUUUUACUGACAUGUUGUACAGGAAGACUGUGCUCCUGUGAUGAAGAACAAAAGAGCUGUCAGUGUGUGUCAAGUGAUUGAUUUUGUACUGAUCACAGCUGUGUGUGUUCAAAGCUUCUCUAAAUAUGGACCGCUGUGGUUCUCAGCUGUCUCACAGCAUCAGGGUCUCUUUUAAAGAGCGAGCUGUUUAUUGUCAGUUAAACCACAUCACUCCGUCUGCUCACACGUCUGUCUAUAAGAACACAGCUGCUGCAGCCUUUAAUACACUCGCUGUGGUCAGCUGAUGAUGUUCUGAUGUGACGUGACUUAGAUCUGACGCAGCCUGAAAUAACUUAAUGUGAAGGUGCUGAACCGCUGAUAUGGUUAUAAUACGUGCUAUGGCACACAGGAAAUGUGCAGUUUGAUACAGUCUCUUUCAAAAUAAAAGCACU